AGGCAAUAACAGGAAAUGUUUUAUGCGGUGUCGCAACGUCACUGAACUGUCAGUGUAGGUAUUUUGAAAAGAGGGAUGGGACCCUUAUCACAGAGAACACAUUUUUCUUUGUUUUUCCUGUUGAUAAUUAUAAUAGAGGGGCAAUAUCAAUGGGUCCAAGCCCAGCACUGUGUGUGGUAUGGAGAGUGUGGAGAGUCCGCCAAGGUCCAGGGGAAGAAAUACAACUGCAACUACACUGGCCCGCCGAUACCACUCCCACAAGAGGAUGAGGAACUGCUCAAUGAGCUGUGUCCAGGGUAUAACUAUGGGAACCGGAGUCUGUGCUGCGAUGGCCAACAACUCCGCACACUCAAAGGAAGUCUCCAGCUGCCCCUUCAGUUCCUGUCUCGCUGCCCGGCCUGUUUUUACAACCUGAUGAACCUGUUCUGUGAACUGACGUGCAGCCCCCACCAGAGUGAGUUCAUCAAGGCCAUCAAUAUCACCCAGGACACGGACCCAGGCGCAACCAACAAGUCCAACGUGGUGGAAGUGGAGUACUACAUCGCAGAGACAUUCGCUAACGCCAUGUACAACGCGUGUAAGGACGUCCAAGCCCCGUCGAGCAACGUGAAGGCUCUCUCACUGCUGUGCGGCAAGGACGCCAGUGAAUGCACCCCCACCAACUGGAUCCAGUAUAUGUUUGACACCAGCAAUGGCCAGAGCCCCUUCUCCAUCGACCCCAUCUUCUCAGAUGUGCCCGUGUCCAACAUGACGCCCAUGAACAACGCCACGUUCGACUGCGCCCAGGUCCUGGACGACGGCUCGGGUCCCUGCGCCUGCCAGGACUGCAGCGCCGUCUGUGGCCCCACGCCCGUCCCCCCCUCCCUCCCCCCGCCCUGGACCAUCCUGGGCAUGGACGCCAUGGUGGUCAUCAUGUGGGUCUCCUACAUGGCCUUCCUCCUGCUCUUUGCCGGGGCGGCGGUCGGCGCCUGGGGCUACAGGAAAAGGACAGUCCUGUCAGAGUAUGGGCCCAUAUUGGACAGCAACAACCCUCUCUCCCUGAACAACGAAAGCAUAGACCAAGUCGACGCGUCGUGCGGCGAGACGCUGGGCGAGCGCUUUGAGAACGCGCUGCGCCUCCUCUUCGCCCGCUGGGGCUCCUUCUGCGUGCGGCAGCCCCUCCUGGUGGUGCUGAGCAGCCUGGUCCUAGUGUCCGCCUGCUCGGGGGGCCUGGCCUUCAUGCGCAUCACCACGGACCCCGUGGAGCUGUGGUCCUCUCCCAGCAGCCAGGCACGCCAGGAGAAGGAGUACUUCGACAGCCACUUUGGCCCUUUCUUCCGGGCAGAGCAGAUCAUCGUCACCACCGGCGUCAACGCCACCUUUCUGUACGAGCCCUACUACCCGGGGUUGGCUGUCCCCUUCCAAUCCAUCCUGGAUAUUAAUAUCCUCCACCAGGUGUUGGACCUGCAGCUGGCCAUCGAAGGGCUGGUGGCGUACUACGAGGAGGAGAAGGUGACGCUGAAGGACAUCUGCCUGGCCCCCCUGGCCCCCUACAACAACAACUGCACCAUCCUCAGCGUCCUCAAUUACUUCCAGAACAGUCACACGCAGCUGGACCGCCUCAUCACUGAUGGCUUCUGGACCAUAGCUGACUUCCACACCCACUUCCUCUACUGUGUCAGUGCUCCAGCCUCCCUGAACGACACCAGUGCCCUCCACGACCCCUGCAUGGGCACCUUCGGAGGGCCCAUCUUCCCCUGGCUGGCGCUAGGGGGCUAUGACGCCACCAACUACAACAACGCCACAGCUCUAGUCAUCACGCUUCCUGUCAACAACUACCACAACGACACCGUCCGGCUAGGCAAAGCCCUGGCCUGGGAGAAAGAGUUCAUCUCCUUCCUGAAGAGGUACGACAACCCCAACCUGACGCUCGCCUUCAACGCCGAGAGGAGCAUCGAGGACGAGAUCGACCGCGAGAGCGAGAGCGACCUCAGCACGGUGGCGGUCAGCUACGUCAUCAUGUUUGUCUACAUCUCCUUGGCCCUGGGACACAUCCACAGCCUGAGGAGACUGCUGGUGGACUCGAAGGUGUCCCUGGGCGUGGCGGGCAUCCUGAUCGUGCUGAGCUCCGUGGCGUGCUCGCUGGGCCUCUUCAGCUACGCCGGCGUGCCCCUCACCCUCAUCGUCAUCGAGGUCAUCCCCUUCCUGGUGCUGGCCGUGGGGGUGGACAACAUCUUCAUCGUCGUGCAGACCUACCAGAGGGACGAGAGGAUGCCCCAGGAGGAGCUGGACCAGCAGAUCGGCCGUAUCCUUGGAGACGUGGCUCCCAGCAUGCUUCUCUCUUCCUUCUCCGAGACGGUGGCCUUCUUCCUGGGAGCCCUGUCCACCAUGCCGGCGGUGAGGACCUUCUCCCUGUUCGCCGGCCUGGCCGUCUUCAUCGACUUCCUGCUCCAGAUCAGCUGCUUCGUCAGCCUGCUGGGCCUGGACGCCAGGAGGCAGGCGGGGAACCGUCUGGACAUCCUGUGCUGCGUGAAGCUUCCGGAAGGACAGGAGGAGAAGACCGACGGAUUCCUCUACCGCUUCUUCAAGAAGGUCUACGCCCCCUUCCUCAUGAAGGAGUGGGUCAGGCCUAUUGUGGUUGCAGUGUUUGUGGGCAUGCUCUCCUUCAGUGUUGCUGUCAUCAACAAGGUGGAGAUCGGCCUGGACCAGAAACUCUCCAUGCCUGAUGACUCGUACGUGCUGCAGUACUUUAAGAACAUGAGUGAGUACCUGCACACGGGCCCUCCUGUGUACUUUGUGGUGGAGGAGGGCCACGACUACAUGAGCCUGGCCGGCCAGAACGCCGUGUGUGGAGGGGUGGGCUGCAACAAUGACUCCCUGGUCCAGCAGGUCUACACCGCCUCGCUCAUCAGCAACUACACGACCAUUGGUUUCAACCCGUCCUCGUGGCUGGAUGACUACUUUGACUGGGUCAAGCCCCAGUCUACCUGCUGCAGAUAUUUCAACUCCUCGGGGGCCUUCUGCAAUGCCUCAGUGGCGGAUCCGUCGUGUGUGCACUGCCGCCCCAUGACUCCCGCUGGGAAGAUGAGGCCCACUGGAGGAGACUUCAUGAGGUUCCUCCCCAUGUUCCUGUCAGACAACCCCAACGUCAAGUGUGGAAAAGGAGGCCACGCAGCUUACAGCACGGCGUUGGACCUACUGGGGAACGAGUCUGUGGGGGCGACUUACUUCAUGACCUACCACACCAUCCUGAAGGACUCCCCAGACUUCAUAGAUGCCUUGAAGAUGGCUCGGGAUCUGGCCCAGAACAUCACCACGUCCAUGGGCCACAAGGUCUUCCCCUACAGCGUGUUCUACGUGUUCUACGAGCAGUACCUGACCAUCGCCUACGACACGGCGCUCAACCUGGGCGUGUCGCUGGGGGCCAUCUUCGUGGUGUCGGCCGUGCUGCUGGGCUUGGAGCUGUGGUCGGCCGCGCUGGUCAGCCUCACCAUCGCCAUGAUCCUGGUCAACAUGUUUGGGGUCAUGUGGCUGUGGAGCAUCAGCCUGAACGCCGUGUCACUCGUCAACCUGGUUAUGACUGUGGGGAUCUCGGUGGAGUUCUGCAGCCACAUCGUGCGAGCCUUCUCCGUCAGCGUGAGGACCAGCCGGGUGGAGCGGGCUGAGGAGGCGCUGGCCAACAUGGGCAGCUCGGUGUUCAGUGGGAUCACCUUGACCAAGUUUGGGGGCAUCCUGAUCCUGGCCCUGUCCAAGUCCCAGAUCUUCCAGAUCUUCUACUUCCGCAUGUACCUGGCCAUGGUGCUGCUGGGAGCCACCCAUGGCCUCAUCUUCCUCCCCGUCCUGCUCAGCUACGCAGGCCCCUCAGUGAACAAGGCCAAGGUUUUCGCCGCCAGCCAGCGCUUUGCCGGGACGGAGCGUGAGCGCCUGCUCAACUUCUAGAGGCUUGGAGUCUGGUGCAAGCAGGACUGUUGAUGAACCAGCAGGACUGUUGAUGAACCAGCAGGACUGUUGAUGAACCAGUGCACAGGGAGUGACAAGCCGUCUCUGUAAUUACUGACACACUCACCACUGCUGUGCAGGGACGCUACUCAGGAACACAGCAGGCUGCGCCAAAGGCCUUGUCCAACCCUUCCUCCUAGAAAUAUACAAAUAUUCGUGUUUUUUUGUGUUGGAUUCUUCUUUUUUACUGCCUUGCAGGGCCAUUCUGUCAGUGUGUAAUUCAGGAGCUCCCCCUAGGGGACAGUGUGAGUAUUGCAUAGCUUUCCCCUAGCAACACAGGAAGUGAUGUGCUUAUGGAGUGUAGGAGAACAUCAUUCAGAACCCCCGGCUACACACGUGGCCUGUCAGUUCUAUAUGCUAUUAGUUGUUUUGUGUUGGGAUUCUUAUAAGGGUAACCAUUUAAAAAAAGUUAAUGUUUGUCUUUGUAUUGCAUUAACUGGAAUGUGUAGAGAUGAUGAUAUAUGCAAAGGAUUCUCCUUCCUCAAAAUGACACUUUUUGUACAACAAUUUGAUAUUCUAAAAUAAUCAGUGAUGUAUACAAAGUACUGAAGACACUGUAAUAUAACUAAUAUUCAGCAAAUAAUGUUAAAGACAAUGAGCUUUGGGGGGGGGGGGGAGUAAUUAACAGUUACUGAAGUGAGCAUUUCACUGAUAGUAUUACGACAGCUUUAUGUGAAGAGAUUAUUGUGUGACAAUGUAACCCAGAGCUCAUUUGUAUGACCUGAGGAGUCUAGGGGCAGCAGCAUUCCUAUUGUUGCAUACUUUACACUUGACUUGAGUUUAUUCAUUGUGCAGUCAUGAAUUUGGUUACAAAUGAUGAACAAAUAUCUGUGGGACCUCAAUGUUACUUUGUACUAAGGUUGAGCCUAGUUUAUGAAGUCAUAGUUACAUGACUCUUGAUGAAACUAAUACGUAAAGCUUUGUUGACAUUUCUGUGCAUUGAAGCUACAUAGAAGCACAAUGUUGUGAAGUAGAAAACCAAGCCUUAGAAAAACGUUGGAUCAUUUUAACAUGUGGAACUUUGUGAGAAAACGGCUAACCUCUGGGCCACGUCGAGAGGUUUUUUCUUGUGACGUUUGAAAUAAAUCACCACUACUAAUG